UUUAAUCUGGGAAUAAAUUAAAAUCCUUGAAUUGCCAUAGAAGGCACUUCUUUAUUCCAUAUCAAACACUACAGUUUUGGCCCUGCGGCUAUUCUUAUAUGUAAAUGUUUUUCAGUUUCAGCUCCAACCCAACUCGCAUUUGCCUGUAUUUGCCUAUCUCUUCCUUCUCAAACCUUAACUUUGUUUGUUCUUUGUGUUGCUAAAUAAUGCCUCUGGAAUCAAGCAAGAUUGGCCAGUCAUCUGGUGAAGGAGAUAAGCAUAGAGUACUUGACAAAGAAAUCAAAGACAUGGUCUCCGCCAUAACUCGUCGUGUAUGCGGUGUUCAUAAACCGGGAUCGAGCCAGGGUGGAGAUGAUGAUGGUGUGAGGAUUAUCACACUUGCAGGAAGCAAUGCGGGGGCAACAAUGCGAAGUGAGUUGGAUGAGAAAUCCAGCAGCCCGCAUGGGAUUUCACUUUGCGAGCCUGACACACUCAGUACCUACGUGAACAGCAAUUUCCAAGCCGUUAACAACUCAAUGAUGCUUGGCAGCAGCUACAACACCAAUGAUCCCGGUGUCCAUUUGGACAUCUCGGAUGUCGCCGAACAUGAAGGCAAGAAGUCAGAUGAUAAGCACAGGAGGGGAAAGAAAAUAGAGAAGGAUUCCGCCAAAACCGAACAUUCCGUUUAAGGAACAAAAAAUCGCAGCUAUAACAUGGUUCAAAAGUGCUGAAAAGAAGUCGUCUAAGUCAGUAUACAUUGCAUACAAUAAAUCUCUGUAUUGCUUUACUUUAUAUCCAAGAUUAUGUUUGCUAGACAACAUGUAAAAGGUAAAGACUAAGGGAAUCUGUGUAUUCCCAUAGUGUAACUAUGCUUCUUUCCGAAUUAUGUGUUUUAUUAUAUACCGUUUUGAUGUUUUCUGCAUUCUUGUUAACCAUGGUCUAGGGUGUCAACCUUAUAAUAAUUGUGUGAACUUUCAAGUUCAUACUCCUCUUUUUGUGUCUUUAAUUGCAAGAAGCA